UCAAAAAUUGUUUAAUACAAUAGUUGUAGAGUUUAAAGGGAGGCAAAAUAUGGCGUAUCAAUUUUUUGUAUGCGUUGAAGUUCAUCUGUAUUUAUUUUUUUUUUUUAAUUGGACCAUAUAUUUCUUUUCAUCAUAAAUCGGAAGAAUAUUAAAUUCCAAGUAAAAAAGUAUUAAGCCACAGUUGUCCUAAAGAUUAAGGAGAUAUUUUACUCAUCAUAUAAUAAUGAACGAUACUCGUAUGAUAAUUUAAUCAACGUCUACAUUGAUGCGUGGCAAGCAAAUGAUCUUAAUGAUCUAUGCAAUUUUCAUUCUCGUGUGCAAGUUGUUAUUUCACGCGAAUCACCCUGUAUAGUAAUACGAAAGCGCAUCGUAGAUUGUCGAUUUAUCGACGGUGAAUAAGAAGCAACUGAGGACAAGACAAGAAAGCUUGCCGGAUCGACUUACGACCUUCUUUCUCCGUGGAGUGUGGACCAGCCUGGAGCGACCAGUUUUUGUAUUCCUCGUGACAGCGCGUAGGGAAAUGCGACAAGAAUUUUCAACGAGCGCCAAUACUCUCGGGCUAUUCACUUUGCCGUGAUCGCGAUCGAUCGAUAAACACGCGAGAUUUCUUCUCCCCAACGACGAUCUUUUUCGUUUAUUUCACUUUCGAUUGAAAUCGAAAGCUGCCAAUUUCACACUAUUGAUUUCUAAAAAAAAAAAAAUCAAAGAAAACUAAGAGACGGAAUUCGGUAACUUUGAAUCUUUAGAAAAUUUUAGAACACCGAUUUUUAUGCAUUUAUGGAGAAUCAAAAUACGUGCGAUGGAUAUAGAAUAUUCAAUAAAUAAUAUUUAAGGUCCAUUCUUUGGUCAUGGAAAUAUAGAAAUAAACAUCCGUAGUCUAGAUGUAUUAUCUUUGCAGCAAUAAUAAUUUGACGAGUAAGAUUCCUGUUCGAGAGAACAGGUGCAUAGACGAAUAAAUCAGGAAUUGACGCGUAUCGCGUCCGUCAUGGUCAAUGACCAGAAAACGGCUAGGGUUUCGUAACCGAUGAGGCCCCCAUGGAAACUCUUAAGUAUUCACAUCCCGAAGAAGAUGGUCGGUGGCGAUGCGACCUCUAACAAAGCACGAGGCCCGGCUUCGACUUGCCCUCGGUUUUCGACAGCUAGAAACCUCUUUUCGGAGCUCUGAUUGGACCACAGCCAACGGCAGACUAUCGUCCCGGCAUCGAAAUCAUCGGAAUUCGUAUGAAGAGGCGCGCUGAUAUAUCCUUCCGUCGUUCAUUUAUAGAAUUUCUUUGCGCACCAGCUACGUCCAACUUUUUCUUAAUUAGCUAACGAAAUUCAAUCUCGCUUAUGCGGCGGGGCUAUUUUCACAUUCCAAGCCGCAUUUGCAUCUGUCCUUCGAACGUCACGUCCUCAGGAUAUUCCUAGAGAAAGAGAGGUGGUUCCUUUCUCGAAGGAAGAAAGGAUGGAGGGACUCGUUUCUUGAGACUUAUCCGUUUGACGUCAAAUUCUCGUUGACCAAGUUUCACGUCAAUCCUAUUUUCACGCAUAGGUGUUCAAUUUCAUAUGGAUCUUAGUUUCUGCGUCGUCACGCAUCUUCAAAAAAGGUGGUACACCGAAUAUAUAUCAUUUUAUAAUAAUUGUCUGUCAAGAAACUUGAAAUUGUGCGAAUGAUACGCGUGUUGAUUUAACUUACGCAGAACAGAUGAGGAUCGAUGUUCUAUCAAAGAAAAGAUCAUCCCGCUUGCAACUCGAUCGAGGAAUGCUACCCUCAUCUUCACUCUGCGCGAAGAGUUCGAUGGAUGGAUCGAAUCGCUGAAUGGAUUUUCAAUCGAACAAACGAUGAAAAUUACGCGAAACUGGUCGAAGGAAUUCGCGGUGGUUGCAUGCGCGGGGGAGGCGUAUCACUCAGCACAUCGGACGGAGAAAUUUGCAUCGGGCCUUCGAGGAUGAUGUGGACGUCUGGAUGGUCAUUGGCAGACCAAACGUGAUGAAAUUGCUAAUUUCUGUCUACCAAGAAUUGGCCAUUCAUACAAUAUUCAAGAUCUUUACGCGCAGGUCACUAUAUAACACCCUUCUACGGAUCGGAUCACCAGUCUUCUCAGGAUCCCCGAUACAUACGAGACAGAACCUAACAGCUCUACCCACCCAGAAGAGAACGACGAAAGCGUUUCAUUCAUCAUGACGAACCGACGGACUUGUCUGAUUUUAUCACUGGCUGUCAUCAUCGCUGUUGUCUGGGGUUUGCCUCAGCAACCCAAGUCUAGGAGACCCAUCCCGGAGUUUAAGAAUAAAACCGGCGGCUUGGAACUACCGGACAACGCCACGCUGAUUCGAGAGAACAUCGUGGACAACUUUUCAUGCCAGGACAGAAUUUAUGGUUAUUACGCCGACAUGGAGAACGAUUGCCAAAUUUUCCACGUUUGCUUGCCGCAGGCUAGGGGUGCGUCAAGAUGGAGCUUCAUCUGCCCUGCGGAGACUGUUUUCAAUCAAGCGACGUUCGUUUGCACGAAAACGGAGAACUCCAUACCCUGCGAGGAGUCUGAGAAAUUCUAUAGCUUGAACGAGGCGAUUGGCAAGGAAGUGGAAGAGGAGGAAAGUGACAUGGAACAGGCGACAAAAGAAUCGGAUGUGGAACCAAUUUCGACCAGACCACCGGCCAGAACGUCGAGGAUUUUGAACAGGAAGAAAUCGAGGAACCAGUGACCUCUUUUUUCGGAAUUUGAAUAAUAAUCUUGUGCGGAACUGUGUGUGUUUGUAAAAAAGAUGAAAGAGACUGUCGAAAGGAUUAACUACGUUUACUUGUCUGAAACGAAAAAAUAAGUUUAUUUGAUACUUAGGUAUAAAUACGGAUAUUUAAAUUAUGAUGAACAGACUGCGAACUUUUAUGCGAAUUCAUAUUUUCGAGAAAUUUAAUUCAGUGCGAUUAUGCAUCAAAAAUUGUACUUUAGACACUUUAUAUACAUCUCCUGCAGUUUUGAAUUUUCUGUAUAAAUGCAUAAAAAUCCGCAGUCUAAUGAUGAGAAUUGUAUGAUAAAAAACGCAUUAGAGAUAUUAGCUAGAAAAAGAAAAAAAUUGUGUAAAAUACAGGAACGUGUUGUAAAUUUAUAAAUAUCUAAAGUAAGAAAAUCGUUGAAAUAAAAGUAUGUUGAAGUCUCGGCGAGAAAUUUAUUGCGUGCAGUGGUUAUACAAGUUAAUUAAUACUGCUAGUUCCAUAUUUAUAAUUAAGCAAUCACGCGCGAAAUGAAGUUACACAAAUGUCCCAAGCCUAGAACGAAACA